GUUGACCUUGAGUGAUACGCCAUUACUUUUGGAUUCUUAGGUCGCACUACUAAGGAUGGGGAAGCAUAAGUUUAGGACACGUUGUUAUUUGGAUAUCAAAAUCGAUUCGCAACCAGUGGGUCGUAUCGUGUUAGAGUUAUUUAGUGAUAUAUGUCCAAAGGCUGCCGAAAAUUUUAAGAAAUUAUGUCAAGGAGUCUGUGGUUUGGGUUUAAAGACGGGGAAACCGCUAACAUAUCAGGGAAGUAUAUUCCAUCGAGUUAUCAAGGGUUUUAUGAUACAAGGAGGUGACUUCAGUAAUAGGGAUGGAACUGGGGGUGAAUCGAUAUACGGAGGCACUUUUGCUGAUGAGUGCCUAACGACGGAGCACGACCGCCCUUUUUUGCUGUCAAUGGCAAACAGAGGUCCCAACACUAAUGGGUCUCAAUUUUUCAUCACCACUGCUCCUGCACCACACUUGAAUGGGAAACAUGUAGUAUUCGGUCAUGUGAUAUCUGGAGAGGAUGUCGUCAGGAAAAUUGAGGCCGUUCCAAUCGCAGACACUAAAGCUCACCGUCCAGUCAAAUCGAUUGUAAUUGACACUUGUGGAGAGCUUAUACCAGUUAAAAAAGGAAAGAUUUCAAGUGGUGAGAAGAAGAAGAAAGCGAAAAAGGAAAAGAAGAAAAAGAAGCGGAAAGUUAGCGAGGAGGAAGAUUCAUCAGAAAGCGAAAGCAACAUGGGUAAUGGAUGCAGUGUUCGAAAAGAAGAGAUUCCAGAAGUGCCACCACCAAAGUUUCUUUAUCGUGGUAACUAUGAGGAGGAUCAGCUGGAAUUACAGAAAAAGAUGGAAGCCAGUCCAAGUAUUUCAGCUCGUCUCAGCAAUUGCUCGACCGAGUCCAGGCAUGGUUCGGGGAGCAAUCGUGAAAGUGUUAGAAGUCGAUAUCAGGAGGACCGUUCAGGUCGAGUGGUCAAGGGACGCGGUCGAAUUUGUUACCAAAGUCCGAAUUCCCGUUCAGGAAGUCCUGAGCGUAGUACCACACCACCACAUUGGCGCCAAGCAAGCUCUCACACUCAAAAGUUAGACCAGGAUGAUUGGAAACAAUGGAAUGAACGACGAAACCAGGAACAAAUGAAUCAUUUACAAAGAAUGUCGUCUCAUUCAUCCCGUGGGAGCCGCCAUGAUCCACCAUCUCCCUCCAUAGCUGCCAGUCGUAACCGCAACCCAAGCACUUCACCGUCUUUUGUAACCAACAUUGGUGUUCCUAAUAAUAUAAGAGACGCUGAUUCUCCGGAGAAAGAAUUUUCAACAGGUCAAAGGGAUGGUCGGAAAUCGCGUUCUCCUAGUCAGUCACCACCAAAGAAUCAUCAGAUUUUAGUAGAUGACUCCAAGAUAGUGGAAAACGGUUCCUCCCCAACACAGAAUCACGUAUCACCAACUUCAGCCGUACAAAAAAGGAUAAAUACCGAGUACGUGGGUAAAUCUGAGGAUUCGCAUGACAGGCGCUAUCCUAGAUCACCCGAAGACAUGCGUCCGACACCAUUGUCUGAGGAUCAGCGUAUUUCGGGAAUAGGCGACGAAUGUAUGGUAGAUAUCGAUGAAGAUAAGCUUAACACUCUUGCAACCAAUACUCAUGAACAGUCUUCAAAACUCUCUAAAUUUUCAGAGUAUUCGAGCGUUAAGUCUGAUUCACCGAAGAGACAAUUAGGGGAUUCACCGAGGAGACAAUUAGGGGAUUCACCGAAGAGACAAUUAGAGGAUUCACCGAAAGCCUUAUCCCGCAGUAGUCAGUCUCCUUUAAAGUUUUCCGGAUCAUCAAAUUUGAAAUCUCCACAACAAGCAGUUGUUUCCCCAGCUAACUCAUCCACUUCCAGUCAACAACAGAAAUAUCGAUCAAAGUCUCCUGUCCUUCAAAUGCUUUCGCCCAAACAUACUACUGUAGAGAAUCAAGCUCCUACAGAGCAGAACGCCGCUUCACCUCCUACUUACUCAUCACCUCGUGUAUCUGUUAUUGCUUCCGAAAACCGAAUGCCAUCUCCACCUGAUCAAAAUGCUCAACAGUCCUCUCCUGGUAUUCCUCAUAAACAUCAAGCUUCUCCACAGCUUCCCUCUAGAAUACCAUCACCUCAACCAAUUAGUUAUAAUGAACCCGAGGACAUACCAUUUCCAAGUGAGUGUGCCCCACCUAUACAGGAAAGAGCCAAGUCUCCAGAGAAACCUAGCAAACCGCUCAUAUCACAAACAGAUGAAGAGCCAAAGGCUGCUCACAUCUCUCGAUCAGCUUCACGAAGUUCGUCGUCAUCAGAAUCUGGAUCAGCUUCAUCUUGUGAAUCUGAUAGUUCUAGGUCACGUUCACGUUCCCGUUCCCGAUCUCAGUCUCAAACAAGUCCGAAAUCCCAUCGUAGACAAGCUCCACGAAGUCCUCCAGCUCAUCUUGUGGAGAAAUGGAAAAUGCGCCGUGAAAUGCUGAACCAAAAACGUCGUGUUGUACCACCAUCCGUAGCAGCGUACGCACCUUCUGGAUCAUCCGAAGACCGUUUGAGACGUAAUGCAUCUGGAAGAAGUAUCCAUGGUCAUUCCCGCUCACCAUCACGUUCCAUCACCAGCCGUCGGAGAAGUAGAUCUUCGAGUUCUCGUUCCAAAUCAGGCUCAUUUUCCCAUCGUCGUACUAAAUCAAAUAUAAGACGUGGUUCUCCUGAAACAGAAAGUGCUCGCAAACGAAGAAGAAGUACCAGUCGUGAUAGGAAAACAUCACGCUCAAAAUCUCGUAGUCGUUCACCCGCGAAGGGUUACGGGUUGAAACAUCGAGGUACCUCACCCAGCAAACCUAUUAUAGUGAUAACGAAGAAGAGUCACACAACACAAAAACCACCGAAAAUUGUCGCUGAGGACCCACCUGUUGAGUGGUUAGUGUAUUGAGGUCAGUACGAUAGAAACAGUAUGAUCAGUGAAGCGUUAAUUGUCUUCUACUUUCAAGAUGAAGUGGGUUUAUUGAAUUUAAUACGAACAAAUUGUUCUUUUUUUGCCGAACUUUUUAGAAUUUUCUUUCACAUUGCUAUUUUUUAAAAGGAUAUUCCUGUAUCAAGCAAGUGGGAGAAAUCUCCUCAUAUUGCAGAAGAAAGUACAAACCAGCCUUCAGUACCUCAGUGGAGUAGCAAACCGUGGCAGACUGACAGUAAACCGGAACUUGAAGAAUCCGUUAAUAAGAACGGAAAGAUUCUGCCCGGGAAGAUUCAACUGGCAAAUAAUAGCACCGUCUUACAAAGACUUCGAGGUGCACAACAAGAGCCUACUAAUAACGAGACGCAACCAAACAAAGAUGACUCUCCUGUUAUUGGCUGUGAUACAAAAACCAAUAAACUAGAAAACUCAACAGCUGCUUCCUCUGAAACCACAUCAGUGUCAAAUGUACCAACUAUGAUCAAACCUCAAGUUCCACCUCUUCCUAAAAAUCAGCAGGUUAAAAAACCAGCUGCAAUCAGAGGACGAUCUCAUUCAUCUAGUUCUAGUUCAGCCUCUUCUUCUUCCUCUUCUGGAUCUUCAUCAAGGAGCUCAAGCAGACCUAAGCGUUCUCGCCAUAGAUCUCGAUCAAUAAGCAAUUCUGCUCGCAAAGUUCAGCGAAGUGAUUUUUCAGACUCAAGAAGUAGAGGUAGGGGUCGAUAUUCCCCAGUCAGUCGUUCAUACUACACGAGAUCACGUUCACGCUCAUUCUCAACAAGAGCCUCUACGAAUUGGGGUACACGUACAAGCUAUCCAAGCCGAAAUCGUUCUUGGUCUAGAUCACGUUCUCGAUCAUUUUCAAGGGACUCUCGGUCUCGCAGCUCAAGUACGCGUCGACACAAGCGUCGCCACAGAAGGACACGUCGCGGUAGAAAUUCCAGUCGCAGUUGGUCAUCCUCCAGAAGCUCUAGCAGAUCUACAAGGCGACGCUAACUGUAAUAUUACUAACUUAUGCAACAACUGAAUUAUUCAGUCAAUGUUUUGAAAUGUAUUUACUUCACAUUGUAAUUUUGUGUUCUCACUUUAUUAUAACACAUCAAAAAGGCGAAUGUGGUUUCAAGUUAAUUAUAUUGAUGAAUAGUGGUUGUUAUGAUCCGAUACGUGUAAAUAGAUAAAUCGAU